AUGGCUGCUGUAGAAGCCACAACCAAAGCUAUGGAAACCUUAACAGUCUCCAAAACAAAAGAGUUGAAAGGCACAGAAAAACGAGACUCCCUCAUCGCAAACGAGAAGAAAUAUCAGCAAAAAUGGCAAGAGGAUGGGGUAUUCCAGCCAGACGCGCCGUCUACCACGGAGGUACCGCUCAAUUCCAUCUCAGCCGCCGAGUUACGAAAACAACAACCGAAAUUCUUUGGCACGAUGGCGUAUCCGUAUAUGAACGGCACCCUACACGCCGGACACAGCUUUUCGGUCUCAAAGAUCGAGUUCACAGCUGGAUUUGCGCGGAUGCAGGGGAAGAGGAGUUUAUUUCCAAUGGGGUUCCAUUGCACGGGUAUGCCUAUCAAGGCGUGUGCGGACAAGCUCGUCAACGAGAUAAAGCUGUUCGGACAGGAGUUUGAGCGGUACAAGGAGGAGGAGGACGAGGAUGAGAAAGCUGCUGUUCCUACGCCUAGUACCCAUCGUGAGGACGUGACGAAGUUUACGGCGAAGAAGGGGAAGGCGGCGGCGAAGGUUGUGAAGAAGAAGUAUCAGUUUCAGAUUAUGAAGGCGCUUGAUAUCCCGACGCAGGAGAUUCAUCGGUUCGCGGAUCCGCAGUAUUGGUUGGAGUUCUUUCCGCCGUUGUGUCAACGGGAUCUGACGAAUUUUGGGGCGAGGAUCGAUUGGAGACGGUCGUUUGUUACGACUGAUGCGAAUCCGUAUUAUGAUUCUUUUGUGAGAUGGCAGAUGAAUCGGCUGAAGGAGUUGAAGAAAAUUAAGUUUGGAAAGAGAUAUACGAUUUAUUCGCCUAAGGAUGGACAGCCUUGUAUGGAUCACGAUCGCAGUGAGGGAGAGGCUGUUGGACCACAGGAGUAUACGGCGUUGAGGUUGAAAGUCAAGGAGUGGGCUCCUGAAGCUGCUGAGGCGAUCAAGGGCAAGGUUCCAGAGGGUGCGGAUGUUUUCUUUGUACCGGCUACCCUUCGACCAGAGACGAUGUACGGCCAGACGUGUUGUUUUGUGGGACCUAAAAUCACUUAUGGAGUUUUCAAGGUUUCCGAAAAGGAGUUUUUUGUGGUUACUGAUAGAGCGGCUCGCAACAUGGCUUACCAGGGCAUAUUUCCGGAAAAUGGCGUUUAUGAAAAGGUUGCGGAGUUGGUUGGAUCUGCUUGUGUCGGCACGCUCAUCAAUGCUCCGCUUUCGGUUCACAAGGAAGGUGUCAGGAUUUUACCUAUGGAGUCUGUUCUUCCUACCAAGGGAACUGGAGUGGUUACUUGUGUUCCAUCGGAUAGUCCUGAUGAUUAUGCGACUGUUGUUGAUUUGGCUAAGAAGGCCGAGUAUUACGGUAUCAAGAAGGAAUGGGCUGAGUUGGAGAUUAUUCCUCUUAUUUCUACACCGUCGUAUGGAGACUUGACGGCUCCUUUCCUGGUCAAGAAAUUGAAGAUUUCAUCGCCAAAGGAUAAAAAGCAACUUGAGGAGGCUAAAGAACUUGCUUACAAGGAAGGUUAUUACCAGGGAACUAUGGUGUAUGGAGAGUUCAAGGGUGACAAGGUUGAGUUUGCGAAACCAAAGGUGCGACAACAGCUCAUCGAUGCCGGCGAAGGAUUCGCGUAUUCGGAACCAGAAGGCAUGGUUGUCAGUAGAUCUGGGGACAUUUGCUGCGUCGCUCUGAUGGAUCAGUGGUAUCUUGAUUACGGAGAAGAGUCGUGGAAACAGGUUGCGCUCAAACAUGUCGACAAUGCUGAUGGAAAGGGCUUAAACACAUACACUACCGAGACGAAGAAUGGAUUCGAGGGCGUGCUUAACUGGCUCAACCAGUGGGCUUGUGCGAGAACAUAUGGUCUCGGUUCAAAGCUGCCAUGGGAUCCUCAGUUCUUGGUCGAGAGUUUAAGUGAUUCUACCAUCUAUAUGGCUUACUACACAAUUGCGCAUUACCUUCACAAGGAUAUCUUUGGAGCGACGCCUGGAUUAGCAGGUAUCAAGCCUGAGCAGAUGACGGAUGAAGUUUGGGAUUACGUUUUUGCCCGAAGACAAUUGGGCGAAGAAGUUCUAAAAGAGUCUGGAAUCGCGGAGGACAGUCUUGCAUCCAUGCGAAGAGAGUUCGAGUACUGGUAUCCUCUUGAUCUCAGAGUUUCCGGGAAGGAUCUCAUUCCUAACCAUCUUACUUUCUUCCUCUAUAUCCAUCUUGCUAUGUUUGAUCCUGAGUACUGGCCACGGGCUGUUCGAGCUAAUGGCCAUUUGCUUCUGAAUGGAGAGAAGAUGAGCAAGUCGACUGGUAACUUUAUGACGCUUGAUGACUUGACUAAGAAGUACGGAGCGGAUGCGAGCAGAAUCGCACUUGCUGAUGCGGGUGAUGGAGUCGCGGAUGCUAAUUUCGAGGAGGAUGUUGCUGAUAACAACGUUCUUCGUCUGUUUACUCUUCGAGAGUGGAUCGAGGAACAAGUCAAGGACGAGGCAAAUCUCCGCACUGGACCAAAGAACGACUUCCUUGACGCACUCUUUGAGAACGAAAUGAAUACUCUCGUCCACGAAGCAUACACUCACUACGAGGAGACAAACUACAAGCUCGCUCUCAAGGAUUCCCUGUACGACUUCACCAGCGCUCGUGAUUUCUACAGAGAAGCCAGCGCGGCGGCCGGAAUCACAAUGCACAAAGACCUAGUCUUCAAAUACAUCGAACUCCAAGCCCUCCUCCUCACAGUCGUCGCUCCUCACUGGUCCGAAUACAUCUGGCUUGAAGUCCUCAAGAAACCCUCAACCAUCCAAAACGCCCUCUGGCCUACCGUCCCCACCCCUGUCCCCGCCCUCUCUGCCGCCCGCGAAUACGUCCGCAACACCUCCUCCAACAUCACAUCCGCCGAGUCGGCCCAGCAGAAGAAAAAAGCUAAGGGCAAGGACAUCGGUUACGAUCUCACUAAACCUAAGAAAUUGACUAUCUACGUCGCGGCUAAAUUCCCGGCCUGGCAGGAGAAAUACAUCGAUCUCACCCGCCAAACGUGGGAUUCGGAGGCUAACAAAAUGGAUGAAAAAACCCUCAACGCCGAACUCAAGAAGAUGGGCGAGAUGAAGAAAGCCAUGCCGUUUGUGCAGGCUCUCAAGAAACGUCUUCUCGCCGGGGAGAAACCCGAGGUUGUUUUUGAGCGGAAAUUGGCGUUUGAUGAGGUAAAGAUUCUGGGGAAUAUGGUACCCGGGCUGAAGAAGGCGGCGGGGUUGAGGGAGGUGAGUAUUGUUAGUGUGGGCGAGGGUGAGGGGGCAGAAGGGAAGGGAGGAAAGGUUGUUGGUGGGGAUGGGGUUGGGAGUGAUGUGGGGGAGUUGCCGGCAAAUGCGGAGAGCGCUGUGCCGGGGGUGCCGACGUUUGGGUUUGUUAAUGUUUAG